UAACCCUCCACCAUUUUCAUAAUAAGCAGAUUUCUUCACCUGAAAACCACUUCUUCAAAACCGCUUUCCCUCUCCUUUCUUCUUCUUCUUCUUCUUCUUGUUCCUCUCUCUCUGACACGUUUCUUACGGUAACUCAUAACAAUCGUAUAUAUCUCUUACUUUUUAUCUCUUUCUAUUACACCAUAUAUCCUCAGAGCCCUCGCCUUUCUUUGCUCUCUUACAUUCUUAAUUUCUGUCUCUAAAAAUGUAAAGACUAUAAUCCCAGUUUUAAAAUCUUUUCCUUGAGAUAGUAAAACAGAAAGAAAAAAAACCAAUCUUUUCAAUCGUUUCCUUCGCUUUCUCUUUCCCACUUUAUCAAACCACGAAUUCAUAAUCAUCAUCGUCGUCGUCUUCAUCAACAAAUCUCACUUUCCAAUACGUUUAAGAAACAAGAAAAGUAAAGGGCACAUGACGUUUCACCACAACCACCUUUCUCAAGACCUUCCUCUGCAUCACUUUAGCGACCAACAACAACAGCAACAAACGAACCAACUACCGGAACCCACGGGUCCCAAUUGGUUAAACACCGCCCUCCUCCGUUCCCAGCGAUCUCAACCACCGCAACUGCACGCUCACUUCUCCGAGCCUAACUUUCUUAACCUUCAUUCUACUACAACUGCUUCUGACUCCACCACGACUUCCCCAGCUCCCAACCAGUGGCUCUCCCGUUCAUCCUCUUCGCUCCUUCACCGCAACCGCACUGACGUCAUCGACGACGUGGCUGUCGCCGCAGGAGGAGGAGAUGGAGGGGACUCCGUGAUCGCCGAGGAAUCGGGAGAUUUGAAGAACAGCAACAGCGAGACUAUGAAUAAUAACAAGAGCGAGGGUGUUGUAGUGGAAAGUGGAGGAGGUGGAAGUGCUAUAGAUGGGGCUAUGAAUUGGCAGAAUGCAAGAUAUAAGGCGGAGAUACUAGUUCACCCUUUAUACGAGCAACUAUUGUCUGCACACGUGGCGUGUCUUAGGAUCGCCACGCCAGUGGAUCAGCUUCCGAGGAUCGACGCUCAGCUGUCUCAGUCACAGUAUGUGGUGGCUAAGUACUCGGCUUUCGGUAGUACGGCCCAGGGCUUGGUUAGCGGCGAAAAAGAGCUCGAUCAGUUCAUGACGCAUUAUGUUCUGUUGCUAUGUUCAUUUAAAGAACAAUUGCAACAACAUGUUCGUGUCCAUGCAAUGGAAGCAGUUAUGGCUUGCUGGGAAAUUGAGCAAUCCUUACAAAGCUUAACAGGAGUUUCUCCAGGCGAAGGUACAGGUGCAACAAUGUCUGAUGAUGAUGAUGACCAAGUAGACAGUGAUGCCAACUUGUUUGAUGGGAGUUUGGAUGGUCCAGAUUCCAUGGGAUUCGGGCCUUUGAUCCCAACAGAGAGUGAGAGGUCUUUGAUGGAGCGUGUAAGACAAGAACUCAAACAUGAACUCAAACAGGGUUACAAGGAGAAGAUUGUUGACGUAAGGGAGGAAAUUUUGCGCAAGAGAAGGGCAGGGAAACUUCCCGGUGACACAACAUCAGUUUUAAAAGCUUGGUGGCAGUCACAUUCCAAGUGGCCAUACCCUACUGAAGAAGAUAAGGCGAGGUUGGUUCAGGAAACAGGUUUACAAUUAAAACAGAUAAAUAAUUGGUUCAUCAAUCAGAGGAAGAGGAACUGGCAUAGCAAUCCAUCAACUUCUACCGUCUUGAAGAGCAAACGUAAAAAAAGUAAUGCAGGUGAAAACAAUGGUGAUCGGUUCAUGUAAAUGGGAGACAGUCCAGAUCAAUCACAGAUGAUGUCUCUUCACAUUUCCAUUUCAACGACAGUUACAACAUGCUACAUAGAAAUUACAACAAUAUAAUAGGCUUUCAAUGGAUCUGCUGCAGGGUUUAACUGAAAGGAACAGAUUUUGCUUCAACAUGGGAAAAGGGCUAACACAGAGGAUGAGGUUGUUUGUAUUGGUGCCAUUUCGCAGGUAUGCGUAGAUCAAGGCAUGCCAGUUUGGUGCUAUAUGCUGGCCAUGCAAUAUUGUUACGAAGUUUAGGAAUUUAUAUAUAGGGAUAAUGUUAUGAAUAGUCUUUGAAUUAACUGAAAUAUUUAAUAUUAUAUUUGAAUUUUUAAAAUCUUUAAUGUGGUACUAAAUUAUAAAUGUGUUAACAAAUAUGAUAUUUGUAAGAUUAUUUGUUCGUUAUUGA